AUGAGCUCCGUCGGAGCGGGUUCAGCGGCCGCUGGCCGCGGUAACAGGAACAUGGCUUCUGCCGAACAGGACUACCAAGUUAUCCUGCCAACGCUGCCAACAGGUACAACAAUUUUGAAUACUGCUUUUUUGCACGCCGAUGUGACCAUGAGGCCAUACCGUCUGGAACAUUUUCGUGACGCCCUGGUUGGCCUGGCGCUGCUCCCUGAGGUGGUCGCCUUGGGGGCGUACCAGUACAACCACGUUUGGGCCGUCACUUUCAAGAGUGUCGAGGGCAAGAAAAAACUGCUCGCCGCCGGGGACUUCACAGUCAAGGAAGGACGGUGCGUCGUUGUUGACCCAAGCAACCAGGACACGCGGCUGAAGCUCCACUGGCUGCUGCACCACGUCCCAGACGACGAAGUGCGAGUGGCCUUGGCGCCCUACGGAAAGGUGACGGAGGUCGCCAGAGACAUGUGGUGGGCCCAGGGGUGCGCCGGCACGUGGUCCACGACGCGCUCGGUGUCCAUCAGGCUCAAGGCCGGACUCACCGUGGACUUCCUCCCUCAUCAGCUGCGCGUCGCUGGGGACCUGGCGCUCGUGGUUGUACCGGGCAGGGCGCCGCUGUGCCUCCGGUGCCGAGGGAAAGGCCACAUUCGUCGAGACUGUCGUGUGCCGCGUCGUGCUCUCUGUCGGCGCUUCGGCCACGAAGACAGCCAAUGCAUAAGGACGUACGCUAGCGUCACGGGGCCCGUGGGGAAUGAGGACACGUCCGAGCUACUCAUGGAUGUGGUCGAGUCCCAAGAAGCAGCCGGAGGCGAAGGUGGCGAGCCUCCCACAGAAGCGACGCCCACCGAGCUUUUCACCGGGGGCAGAGCCGACAGCGGGAGCGACGGAACCGCCCCGAAAAGCGACUCCUGUGCGUCGGGUAAGCCUCAAGCCUAA